GCCUACGCUGCCCCUCGCGGCGGCGUCGCCGUCAGAGGCCGAAGGGCCCCCCUGCUCGGAGCGCUCGUGGGCGCCGCAGGCGCGGCCGCCGCGGCGGCCCCGGCGUCGGGCGCUGGACUCGACACGCUGUUCCUGGAGGGGCCUGGCAGAAGAUCGCGGAGGGCAAGAACCCCCUCGAGUCGCUCGCCCCGGGAACGCGCCGCAGACUCCGGGCGAUUGCGAAGGACCCCGCGUGGCCGGCGAUCGCAGGACGUCUUCGCCCGCGACUGGGACACCGUGGUUAAGUACAAGCCCGUGCUGAACAAGUACAAGCCACUGUUCACGGAUUACGUAGAGAACGUCUACCCUGGGUCUACUCCCGUGGCAGCUGCGAGCCGCAUCGCCAUGCGCUACGAGAUGGGCAAGUUUUUUGCGGCCGUGAACGGAGUCGACCAGGCGGCGCAGCAGCAGAACGGGGACGUGAUGGACAAGAACUUCGCUGACAUGUCGCUGGCGUUCGACCGCUACGUCAAGGCUGGCGAUCUCUACGAGGGUCAGGACCCCAUCGUCAGCACAGCUAUCUUCUACGAGGGCCUUCCGUCUGGCUCCUUGAAGUACAUAUCGCCCUUGUCGGAUCCGCCCAGCAUCAAGGACCGCAUACUGCUGAUCGCCGGGCCCGACAAGGGCAAGACUGGCAUGAUGAUCGGCCGGGAGUUCGCCAAGGACGCGAAGGACGAGAAACCGGUGAACGCGUACGUGAAGUUCGACGGGGGGAUCGGCGAGGGCGCUGGGAGACUCCAGGAAGUCAAGCUCGUGCCGUACGGCUUCGUGGCGAAGCAGAUCGCGACAUCGUAG